AUGAAGCAUGCCAAAAAGGUUAAGAUUAAGGAUGAACAAGGCAAUGUAUUAAGAACAGAGGAUAUCACGACACAGUUUCCUCAACACUGGCACAGAACCGAUACUUUGAAUAAUGAAGACAAUAAAUGGAAACUUCUAGAAAUUAAAAAAGAAGAUGCUACCCCUCAAUAUCCUGAGCAACCAGAUCCACCUCGCAAGCCUAAGAUUGAAGACACAAUACCUAAGAUUACCGAAGCACUAGAUGUUCGUUUGAAAGAGAUUUAUGACAAAGCAAAAGAAAUUAAAGAUGAAAUGAAAGCAGCCAAUCAUGAUUAUACAACUCUAACUAAGAUGGGCAUUACCCAAAUAACCGGAAUGUUAGCCGAAAUAGGAAAAAAAAUCUAA